AUGUUUGAACAGUUGACGCAUGAUUUGCGGAGCCUUCAGCGACAGGUAACGAGACUGCGUAGUCCUGUACCUGUACGAACAGUUGUAGCGAUGCUGCUGAAACGUCUGGGAAAAGGACUGGACUACAGAGAGAUCGGAGACAAAUUUGGAGUCGGUGCUUCUACUGCAUGCAUUAAAGUUAGCGAAGCUAUGAAACUCCUGGUUAGUUCCAAGAUGCACAUCAUAAGCAAAAUACAAAGAGGAAUAGAUUUCAAAAGAAUCAUAAAUGGUUUCCAGAGAAAGUGGAAUUUUCCCCAAUGUCUGGGUGCCAUUGACGGUACCCAUAUACCCAUAAAAGCCCCCCUCGUCCACCAUGGGGACUAUUAUAACAGGAAAUGUUUCCAUUCAGUUAUUUUGCAAGGUGUUUGUGACAGCCAGUGCUGCUUCACUGAUGUCUUUGCUGGCUGGCCUGGUCGAGCACACGAUUCUAGGGUGUUUGGGCGUUCUCAGAUAGGAAAUUUGAUAACAGAGGGAAGACUGAUUCCUGAUGAUUCAAAUUUGCGACGGGUUAUCGAUAACCACGUCAUUGAGCCAUUUCUUAUUGGGGAUCCAGCUUACCCCAUUUCCAAGCAUCUAAUGAAAAACUACCCAGGCAGCAAUCUCACACCUGAGAAAGAGCAUUUUAACUAUAGACUCAGUCACACCCGCAUACAGAUCAAGAGGGCAUUUGGACGGCUUAAAGAGAGAUGGAGAUGUCUGCUUAAGGCGUUGGAAUGCGAACUCGAUAAAGUUGUACUUCAUGCCACAACAGCCUGUAUCCUGCACAACAUGUGUGAAGAGCGAAAAGAGUGCUACCUCGAAGAGUGGAACAGGUUGGGUGAAGAUGCAAUUGGUGACCUACCUCGACCCGAUCCGCUGAACGAUGAUGACGCAGAUAGCAAUUCUAAUAUUAUUAGGAAUAUCUUGGCUCAUUUUUUGUACAACGACUGA